AGGCAGAUGUGUAACUUCACUAUAAUGCCGUACUAAUCACUAGCAACCAGCCUCAUCGUACAAACGACAUCUGUCCUACUGUCGCCGUAACAAAGACCGUCUGCAUCGUCGAUCCACAUCUUGUCGAAAUUGCCGCCUGGCCAAGACCAAAUGCACAUUCGAGGCGCCGUGCGAUCGAUGUGCCAGCCGUAAGCUGGACUGCACCUACGAUCAUGUCCUGACCGACAGUCUCGUACACGAGACGUUUGACUUCUCACUUGUCGACCAAAUAGAUGGAAUGAAUCCAACACUCUUCGACUUGGACAAUGAUGAUCUCAUGGGACUUGGCGAUCUGGGACAGAUUACGCAAAGGGCGAUUGAAGGGGAAGGAGCCACUGACGACCAAAUCGACGUCCUCAAUCUUAUCAACCAGUCGUAUCUCCCUCGUGACCUGAACCCACUCCAGCGCGCAGCAAUCACGAACACACCAAUCGAUCGACUGAACAGUACAACCAACACCGGUUUCCUCACCCGCCUCCGCAAAACCAACCCAGUCGCCAAACACAGUGCAAACCUAGUCAUAGACGCACUGUGCGCCAUCCCCGAACAAAUGCUACGUCGCGCCACUUUCCCCCCUUUCAUCCACGCGCACUGGCAUCGCCAGACAUUGCCACAGCCACUCGCAGUCUGCAUGCGUAUCGCGCAGAUGUUUGCCCUCCGUACGCCCGACGUCACACCGUUCAUCUGGCGCACGAUUCUAGCGGAGCAGAGACGCUUCGUUGAGCAGGCAUUUCAGCUGUCGAAGGAAGACCUCUUGGCGGCCAUGCAAGCACAUAUAGUGUAUCUCACCAUGCGCAUCAUUGAUGGUGUGAUGGAAUCGCCCGAGUGGAAUGUGGAAAUGGCGACUUCCCAUACGGUCGUAUGCGACCGUUUCCUCGAAUUAUGCAAUGGCAAGUUUUGCGAAGACGAGCAAAAAGUGCCCAGCUUGACAUGGGAGGAUUGGAUCUUUGCCGAGUCCCGACGAAGGCAAGCCUCCGUCCAAAGUGGAAUGCGCUACCGUGAAUGGUGCAGUUGACACUCUCUCAAACAGAACCUCAUGUCUAUGGCUCCUCAUGACAAAGGUGAUAUCCGUGAAGACAACCGCCGGCUGUCCGACCAUCGGAACGCCCUGGCAUUUGCCGCUUCCAUCGCAGAAACUACAGUGGGAAGCGAGAGACAACGACACUUGGCAGCAGGAGAUCAUCAC